CAGAUUCACCCCUUUUCUCGGGAAAAUUGUUUUAUGUUGCUUUUGUAUUGUUUAACCAUAUUAAUGCAUAUGAUAUUUAUAGUAUUAAUAUGGUUUACUUUUUUUUUUUUUACGACCCUGAUUUUUUUGGUGCCCUACCGGCCAUUUGGUGCCCUACGCAGUGUGCGUUAUGUGCGUUUGCGGAGCUACGGCGCUGGUGUAGACAGUCACCUCUUUCUUGGAUUGGUAGUUUUUGACAAUCUGUGCUGUUGUGGUCGUCUAAUAGGUCAGCAUGUGGGCUUGCCACCGGGCAUCUCAUCUAGUCAGAAUGAUAAGGCAGAGCGUUUGGCCAAGAAUGACAGCCUGUCGGAGAAGUGGUCAAUCAGCAAACACACACAGCUCAGCCCCACUGAUGCCUUCGGCACCAUUGAGUUCCAGGGAGGAGGACACUCCAACAAAGCCAUGUACGUACGAGUAUCUUAUGACACCAAGCCUGACCUGCUGCUCCACCUGAUGACCAAGGAGUGGCAGCUGGAACUGCCCAAGCUGCUCAUCUCAGUCCACGGGGGCCUGCAGAACUUUGAAUUGCAGCCCAAACUCAAGCAGGUCUUUGGCAAAGGGCUCAUCAAGGCUGCCAUGACAACAGGGGCCUGGAUAUUCACUGGAGGAGUCAACACAGGUGUGAUUCGCCACGUGGGUGAUGCACUGAAAGACCACGCCUCCAAGUCAAGGGGAAAGAUAUGCACCAUUGGUAUUGCUCCAUGGGGCAUCGUAGAAAAUCAAGAGGACCUUGUUGGCAAAGAUGUGGUGCGUCCAUACCAGACCAUGUCCAACCCGAUGAGCAAGUUGACAGUUCUUAACAGUCUCCAUUCCCACUUCAUCCUGGCGGACAACGGCACCACGGGAAAGUAUGGUGCUGAGGUCAAACUGCGACGCCAGCUAGAGAAACAUAUCUCCCUACAGAAGAUCAACACACGUAUCGGUCAGGGUGUGCCAGUGGUGGCACUGAUCGUAGAAGGGGGCCCUAAUGUGAUCUCUAUAGUGCUGGAGUACCUCAGGGACACUCCUCCAGUUCCUGUGGUGGUGUGCGACGGCAGCGGCAGAGCUUCUGACAUCUUGGCCUUCGGACAUAAAUACUCAGAGGAGGGAGGCAUAAUUAAUGAGUCUCUAAGAGACCAGUUGCUGGUGACCAUUCAGAAGACUUUCACCUACAGCCGCUCACAGGCUCAACAUCUGUUCAUCAUUCUCAUGGAGUGCAUGAAGAAGAAGGAACUGAUAACAGUUUUCCGGAUGGGAUCGGAGGGUCAUCAAGACAUUGACCUUGCCAUUCUCACGGCGUUACUCAAAGGUGCUAAUGCUUCAGCCCCAGAUCAGCUGAGUUUGGCUUUGGCGUGGAACAGAGUGGACAUCGCACGGAGUCAGAUCUUCAUCUACGGACAGCAGUGGCCUGUUGGUUCCCUGGAGCAGGCGAUGCUGGAUGCCUUAGUUCUGGACAGAGUUGACUUUGUCAAGCUACUGAUUGAAAAUGGAGUCAGCAUGCACCGUUUCCUCACUCUUUCCAGGCUGGAGGAGCUCUAUAACACGCGCCAUGGACCAUCAAACACGCUGUACCACCUCGUCAGAGAUGUCAAAAAGGGAAACCUGCCCCCGGACUACCGGAUCAGCCUCAUUGACAUUGGACUGGUCAUUGAAUACCUCAUGGGCGGGGCUUAUCGGUGUAACUACACCAGGAAGAGGUUCCGAACUCUAUACCAUAACCUCUUCGGACCCAAGAGGCCCAAGGCUCUGAAACUGCUGGGGAUGGAGGAUGACAUGCCAAUCCGAAGAGGUCGUCAGAAGACGACACGUAAACGAGAGGAAGAGGUGGACAUCGAUUUGGACGACCCAGAAAUCAACCACUUCCCUUUCCCCUUCCACGAGCUGAUGGUGUGGGCUGUGCUCAUGAAACGUCAGAAGAUGGCGCUGUUCUUUUGGCAGCAUGGUGAAGAGGCCAUGGCCAAGGCCUUGGUGGCAUGUAAGCUUUGUAAGGCCAUGGCACACGAAGCAUCUGAGAACGACAUGGUGGAUGACAUUUCCCAGGAACUAAACCACAACUCUCGAGAGUUUGGCCAGCUGGCUGUGGAGCUCCUAGACCAGUCCUAUAAACAGGAUGAGCAGAUGGCCAUGAAGCUGCUGACAUACGAGCUGAAGAACUGGAGCAAUGCCACCUGCCUGCAGCUGGCUGUAGCAGCCAAACAUAGAGAUUUCAUCGCUCACACCUGCAGUCAGAUGCUGCUGACCGACAUGUGGAUGGGGCGCCUGCGCAUGCGCAAGAACUCAGGGCUGAAGGUAAUAUUAGGGCUGCUGCUGCCACCAUCGAUCCUGAGUCUGGAAUUCAAGAACAAGGACGAGAUGUCCUACAUGCCCCAGGAUCAGGAGGCCUAUCUACAGGAGAAGGAGGAGGAGGAGCCUGAAAAACCAGUGAAGGAGAAGGAGGAGGAAGACAUGGAGUUCACAGUAAGAUCUUACUGUGAGGCGCAGUACAACUCCGUGGCAAUGCUGGGCAAAGUAACCACAGAGACAUCCAGAAAGAAGGAUGUUGAGGAGGUUCAGAACCGCCACCGCCUUAUCCCCAUGGGACGCAAGAUAUACGAGUUCUACAAUGCACCAAUUGUCAAGUUCUGGUUCCAUACGAUGGCAUAUGUGGGCUACCUGAUGCUGUUCAACUACAUUGUCUUGGUCAAGAUGGACCUGUGGCCUUCUCCUCAAGAGUGGAUUGUUAUCGCUUACAUCUUCACCAAUGGCAUAGAGAAGAUGAGAGAGAUCCUGAUGUCUGAGCCGGGAAAGUUGUUACAGAAGGUGAAGGUGUGGCUUCAGGAGUACUGGAACAUCACAGAUCUCAUGGCCAUCCUCAUAUUCUCCGUCGGCAUGGUGCUGCGUCUCCAGGAGCCACCGCUCAUGAGUUAUGGACGGGUGAUUUACUGUGUCAACAUCAUCUAUUGGUACAUCCGGCUGCUCGACAUCUUCGGAGUCAACAAGUACCUGGGUCCCUAUGUGAUGAUGAUCGGCAAGAUGAUGAUUGACAUGAUGUAUUUUGUGAUCAUCAUGUUGGUGGUGCUGAUGAGUUUUGGGGUGGCACGUCAGGCCAUUCUCAACCCUAAUGAAGACCCAUCCUGGAUGCUAGCCAGGAACAUCUUCUUCAUGCCUUACUGGAUGAUCUACGGAGAGGUGUUUGCCGACCAGAUUGACCCCCCCUGUGGGCAGAACAUCACUACAGAGGACGGUGUGGUGGUGGCUCUGCCUCCGUGCAAGACGGGUGCCUGGAUUGUCCCAGCGAUCAUGGCCUGCUAUCUGCUGGUGGCCAACAUACUCCUGGUUAACCUGCUCAUUGCAGUGUUCAAUAAUACAUUCUUCGAGGUCAAGUCCAUCUCCAACCAGGUGUGGAAAUUUCAGCGCUACCAGCUCAUUAUGACCUUCCAUGAACGUCCGGUCCUUCCUCCACCUCUCAUCAUAUUCAGCCACAUAACUAUGGUCCUCAAGCACCUGUGUUGUCGAUGGCGCAAGCAUGACGACGAUGAAAGGGACUAUGGACUGAAGCUUUUCAUCACAGAAGACGAACUGAAGAAAGUCCAUGAUUUUGAGGAGCAGUGUAUAGAGGAGUACUUCAGGGAGAAAGAUGACAGAUUCCACUCCUCCAAUGAUGAGAGAAUCAGAGUCACUUCUGAAAGGGUGGAGAAUAUGGCGAUGCGUUUAGAGGAAGUCAAUGAGAGGGAACACUUCAUGAAGGCAUCACUGCAGACUGUUGAUAUUCGUCUGGCCCAAAUGGAAGAGCUAAUUGGACGAAUUGCUGUAGCACUGGAGCGCAUGACUGGUGUCGAGCGCGGGGAGGUCCAAAAAGCGCGUUCUCGGACUUCAUCUGACUGCACAGACUCUGCAUACAUACUCCGCCAGGCUGAGUGCCCUGAAGCGGCAUACAUUCUCCGUCAAAGCAGCUUUAACAGCACAGAGGGGAACUGCUACCGCCUACAGGAGGCUCUAGAGGGAACAGCUGAGGGUUCCAUGUCUCCUCCUUCGCCCACUAGUAUAACAACACGGACCAGAAGUCACUCAUUUUAUGUUGGAGCUGGUCGUGCUGCUGAACGUGGAAGUAGAGCUGAGCGAGCUGAAAGCUUCUUCAAAGACCGCUCACUCAGUCUCCACAGAGCCAACAGCUCACAAUCUGUGUCCUCAGCUGCCGGCCCCAAGGAGUCUAAGCCCCUCCCACUGGCGACGUUGUCGGUCUCCCAGCAGCACCGUCCGUCAUCCUGCAUUGAUAUCUAUGUCUCAACGUCUGAAGAGGUGGGGCCUGCGGAGGUCUUUCUAGAUCCUCUCCGUAUGGUCCCACCUCUCCAGAGAGACUCCUCGCUGCAGUCAGAUAUAAUAGAGACGGUGCUGCCUGGAGGCCGGGAGUUCAGCAGCGCUGCCACCAGCGGUUUGGGCGACAGGCACUCAGAGGGCGGUGCAGGCAGCAGUGGAACUGCUGGAGCUAUGUUUGAUGACAGUGCUGCAGCUGAUUUGUCAUUAUGCUCAGCACAUCUCUUACCAGACAGCACUUUACCUCCUUGGGAUAUGGAACCAUCCCCACCUCCCUCAGCAGGGCUGCUCGAACGUUCUAAGAGCAGCCGCUACCUCUCUACUGCAGGCACAGGAUUCCUGGAUGAGCCUCCUCUGGUCAAGUCACACAGCCUCAUGUUCACACCAAGAAGCUGUUAUGGUGGGAUUGGGGCCGGAGUCCAGGUAAAGGCCGCGGAGUACACCAGCAUCACUGACUGCAUCGAUACACGCUGCGUCUCAUCUCCAUACACCCCCGCAGAACGCUCGCAGUCACCCGGAGGUUCCACUUCAUUCCCCUUUGAUAAGCCGUCGGACGUUGGUUCCUCUCACCCAGAGAGAGAGGCAGAGCUUAGUCACACAGAGUCUGAUCCUGAGGACCCUGAUGACCUGGUUCCACCCCCUGAUACCCCUCGGCUAGGGGUCCUAGGUGGGCCCAGUGGGGCCCCUCUCUGCUCCCCCUUCUCCAAGCUGGAGCGAGCAAACAGCUGCUCGUCAGACGACUCCCAUCCUUCGCUCACGCUGGCUCCUCCGCACCGGAAGAGCCUGUCGGUGAGUGAGAGGAUGGAGAGAGGACCGGGUCUGGGGGCAGACAGGGGGCCUGGGCCUGGGGGACGGGGUCUGGCAGGAACCAGAAACCCCUUCCUCAGGAGCAAGUCUGGAGCAAGGCCUGACACAGCCAAAACUGACAGCCUCUCAAUGAGGAAGCUGGCAGCUCCGUCGGCUUUCCGCAGCUUCGAUAGACAAAACUACACGUGACGAGGAUGUGUAAGUGCACUUGCACACUGUUAGGACCAGAGAGGAGUAUUGUGAUGGCCGAGGGCUAAAGUGAUAGCAGGGUGAAGUUGCCCUUAGAUGCUAAUCUGGACGAGAUCUAAGGUUGUUUUUUUUCCGCAUUAUAUCUCAGAUUAGAAAAAUGUAUUCAUAGUCAGUAUUGAAGGGCAGCUUUACCCUGAAUCAUCUGCAGAGAAUGAUUGGAGAUAAAGGGGUCCUACUGUACACCAGUCAAAACAAAGAGCUAUGAAUCUAGACUAGUUUUUACCUCUUGUAGCUAAGUAACUCUCAGUUUGGUGUUAUGGCAAUGGAAGGUGUAUUCGUACUGUGUCUUCCACCCACCACCUUUACUUCAAGUAGACAUCUUUCACUGUGUUACAUCACAUAUCAGUCACACUAGUCACACACAAAGUAUACUGUUACUCCUAGCAGCUUUAUAUGGUAGACACUGUCAAGUCUGAGAGGCCAAGGGAGAGGAGAAAGAAAGAAAAGACACCCACCUCUUUUUGCCAUGUUGUCCUAGCAUAGAGUCAUUACUACUGCAAAACCUUACCUUCAAAUACAUUUUCCCUGCUUCAUAUAAUCCUAACUCACAUAAACCCAACCCAGAAAGACACUAACAUUUCUGGCCACUUUGUGAAGGGAUCAGAAGUCUUUGGACUUCACUGCACUUCAAAUGAUAUCACUAAUAUGACAAAACUUACCUCUAAGUACACAAUCUUUCACAUAAUUAAUAAAUAUUUCAUUUUUCAAGGAUACAGUUUUUUCUCUUCUGUUUGUAUAUUGUAGCAUCAGAGAGGAAACGGCUAAAGCGCUCAUCUUUGCCAGAAACAAAGCAGCAUUUGAACACACUACAGUCAAAAAGUCAGCAUGCCACCAUGUAUCUCCUGCGGCCGUGCUUGAGGCACUGUCCUGAGGCAUCAUGUAAGGGCAUGAAAGAGAAAGGCGCUCUGCGUAUGGUGACAUCCUCAUGGUUAUCCACACACACACUUGGUCAGUGAAAUCCUACAUAUCACUUGGAGAGAAACCUUAGUUCAUACCUGACUCCAGAGAGCUUUUACAAGUGCAAUUGCAAUAGAUGGGGACAAGGGGGCGUUAUGAGCCUGUGUGAGAAGCAAUGCUUGCUGGGCAAACCUGAUGUGAACCUUAGUUGCCCGCACCUGACACCAAAAAUCUUUUCACUCCAAGAAUCGUAGCUCUCUUGUAGCCCAGCCCUCUUCCUUCAGGUUUCGGCAGUGGCAUUAUUUUUAAAAUGGUUUUUACAUCCGCCUGCACCUAACAGAUCCGUCCUUCAUCUAUCCAAUAACUGUCAUCCAUUUGUUUUUCUCCUUUCAUUCUUUUUUUAAUUGAAUUCAAAGCAGAUCACUGCAAAAAGAGGCUUAUUUUAAAAAACACACAAAAAAGCUGUUGCCUAAUACUAAAACAAAUGUUAAAAUAAGCAUACAGAUCAUAUUGAAGGACCUUGAAUUUAUUUCUGAUUGAUUUAUAUUUGGAAAAGCUCCGGAAUGAGUUGCCAAGUAUACACAUUCUAGCUGAGAUUUAUUAAGAAAGACGUGCAUUUUAAAGCAGCGUGAAGGAGGAAACAUAGGGUCAUUAAUAUUAAAAGAUGAAAGCCAGAUCAGUGUUUUAAAAAAAAGUUCUCAUUUUUUUUAUUGUAAAGAAAGAAGUCUGAAAAAGAAGAUGUCUUUUUCCGAUAGCUUUGUAAAGACAAAAUAGCUUCAAUCAAUAGAAUUCUUACUGAUUUUUAAUGUUUGUUUUUAUAUUUUCUCACUCUUAUGAUUCAGUUUUAAUCAUGUUGCUCUUCUUUUGAGAUUGAUUCUAUUUAUUGACAUUUUCUUGCUCCUUAUUGAUAAUUACAGUAAAUGCCUGUUUGAAUUACAAAAAUCAAUAUUUAUAUCUUCUCAGUGAUAUUUUUGUCGAGUAUUUUCUAAUUAAGCUUUUCAAUUUAAUAAAAGAUGACCAUCUACAUGCACUAAAUGACGAUGUAUUAUAUUAUUUAUUAAAUAUAUAGACUUGUCUGAUAUACUGUACAUUUCGAUCAUAUUUAAAGUAUUUAAAGUAGUUUUUAUUGUAUGUUUUAUCAACCAGCUUAUGAGAAUUUUCUAAUGUUGACAAGGCAAUACAUAGUUGCCAGUAUACCAAACUUAGGGUGCCUUUUGGGCAUGGAUGGAGUAUGUGGGGACUGAAGUGAUUCAUAAAUCUGUGAAUUUCCUCUUUUCAUCUUUGUCUUCUCUUGUCAAGAGGCCAAACAAUCAGUGGUUAUGUUCUCACAGACAUUUGUUGUUCUCUUUGGACACAUCUGAUGUACAGAGUGGGGGAAUUGUUGUUAUCUGUAAACUGUAUCAUUGCUUGUAUGGGCAUUUAUUUGAAUUUCUUCACCAGAACACAUAAAAGAUCUCACUGACAACAAUAGCUUUGGAGGAUAAGAAAAAAAACCAAACCUGCACACGAAAACGAGGGUGAGGAUGUAAUAUAAACAGUAGGUGUCAUUGCAGUAACUGGUCUUUCUUGCUUGAAUUGGAUUAAAUCAUGUGAUACUACCCAAAUCUAAUGAUCCAGGACUGUUAAAAGCCCGCAGGUCAUGUCUCUUAAUUUGUCUGAGAGCUACAAAAGACAUUAAACAACUGUGGUCCUGGGCAAAGCGCCACACCACGUGACCAGUUACCUGACUUUUCUAGGUAGAAUCUGGAGAUUGUCCCUUUAACCUUGUAAUCACAACAGAAGUUGCAGUUAACCCCAAUUACGUGCAGUGGCUGGAUGGCAAACCUAAAAGAUGAGAGUUUUAAUUUCCUCAACACAUAUGUAAGUCAUAGCAUAGUUUAAAGAUGAAGGUCAGUGCUCAGGGACAACAUUACCCCAGUGAUGCAAGAUGGAAAGUUUAUCGUAGAAAGGAAGAAAGAAAGAGUCCAGUAUAAUCACUGUGCUUAAUGAGUCUAACCCAGAAUCUUUUUGAUCAUAGAAAAACUAUAUUUUUGUGUUUAGGUGUUCAGAAAUGGCAAUACAAUGGAUGAAUGUCUUCAUACCUGAUCAACUUGUUCUACCACAAAAGUUGAAAACACCAACAGUACAAACAAAAAUGAGGAAUGUUUUAGCAGUCAUGCUUAGUUGACUCUUGCAUUUUGAACCAAACCAAACUCUGUCAACCAAAUGGAAACACUCUGAGUCACAGCUGUUGCAGACAGGAUUAACUAAGCAGAGGUCACCUCAGUCGUUGCAGGGCCAGUCAGAAAACAAGAUGGCCACAUUGGAAUGAAAGUUUAUGCCCUUCUAUUUGACCUUACAUUCUCUUUUAUUCUUUUCAAAGUUCCUUAUACUCAUAUACGAGAGAGCAUACAUGUCCAAGGCAUGUAGAAACUCAUUAAGGUUUGUACGUGAUUCUUUAUUGUGUUUGCGAUGUGCUGAUGAGACUGUUGUGGAAGGUACUGACAGGAGGCGUGCAUGUGUGCGUAUGUUUGUGCGUGCGUUUAAAUAAACUGCGUGUGAAUCGGAAGUGUAGAUGACACUAAUAACUGGGAGGCAUGCCAACACAACACAACCCAACGGAAUCUUAAUGUACAGUAUUUUUUAAAUAUUUUACUACACUGUCUCUUAAAGUUUUGGGGAAUCAUGAGCAUAUAUGAUAAUAAUAAUCAACAGAUUUGCUUCCCUCCUAUGAAACCUGUGACUCGUAAGCUUUAGAGUAUCACGCACAUGUUUUUUCUGCAAUAACUGCUGAUGUUGUUCGACUAAAAGGGACUUAUCCCUCUACUGGUCACACUUUAUUUAAUGUCCUUUAAAUGCAUGCAGUUCUUCCACUCAGAGUGUACAGAGAUGAUGUGUAAUGAUGACUGAGAGAAAGAUAGAGAGAGAUUAUAAUAUGAAAUCAAAUUAGUGAGUAUUUGGAUGCAAAUACAAAUCUGUAUUCUU